AUGGUCGAAGCAGACUCCUAUAUGGAGACUUUGAACUCCAUGAUUGAAUUAUUUAAAGAUUAUAAGCCCGGGUCCAUAACCUUGGAAAACAUUACGAGACUUUGUCAGACCUUGGGCCUAGAGUCCUUCACUGAGGAAUUGAGCAACGAACUUUCAAGGUUAUCCACUGCAUCCAAAAUCAUUGUGAUUGACGUAGAUUACAAUAAGAAACAAGACAGAAUACAAGACGUCAAAUUAGUGCUAGCUUCUAAUUUUGAUAACUUCGAUUAUUUCAACGUAAAAGACGGCGAACAAGAAAGAAGCAAUAUUCUUUUAAAUUCCUUAACCAAGUACCCCGAUUUGAAGGCUUUCCAUAAUAAUUUGAAAUUCUUAUAUCUUUUAGAUGCAUAUUCCCAUAUCGAAUCAGAUUCAAGCUCUCAUAAUAACACUUCUUCUGACAAAAGCUUAGAUUCCAGUAACACAUCUCUUAAUAAUCAAGGAAAGCUGGACCUGUUUAAAUAUUUUACUGAACUAUCACACUACAUUCGACAAUAUUUUCAAGACAACUCUUUGAAUUUCAAAGUCAGAACCAACUUAAAUGACAAAUUUGGAAUAUACAUCUCAACUCAGGACGAGAAUAACCAGGAGGUACCUUUAGUUAAGAUCUACCUAGAUGAAAACAAAAGCGAUUCACAGUACCGAUUCUAUGAAUAUAUAUACUCACAAGAGACUAAAUCCUGGAUAAAUGAAUCUGCCGAGAAUUUCUCUAACGGCAUUUCCUUAGUCAUGGAAAUAACAGCAAACACAAAUAAAGAUGAUUUUACAGAGUUCAUCUGGUUUCCUGAAGAUUUUAUACCAUCAGAAUUGGUUAUAGAUAAGCUUUCGAAUUUGUCGAAUUUUCCUUCUUCACCUUCGACGCCGCCUAUUAUUGAUUUAUUUUCUAGCAACAACUAUAACAGUAAGAUACAUUUGAUGAAUGAUUUUACCACGAAACUGAUCAAUAUUACAAAAUUCGACAUAAGCAACGAUAAUCUGGAUCUAAUAUCUGAAAUAUUGAAGUGGAUACAAUGGUCAAGGAUAGUUCUUCAGAAAGUUUUCAAACUAGUUUCCACGCCCAAUUCAAAUUUAAAUUCGCCAAAAUUUGAACCGGACCAAACAGCUUCAUUCCCCAAAUUAACUAAAGAUAUAAAUUCCUUGACGAGUAACGCCGACCCGGCGCCAAGAACUAAUCGGCAUGGAAGUGUGGUAGAAGCGUCCAGAAGAAGGCGUUCUUCGGCGAACAAGGGCAAGCGUCCUAGCAUAACCGAGGCGAUGAUGUUGAAAGAAGAAGGCCUUCAGCAAUUUAAUUUGCACGAAAUUUUAUCUGAGCCCGUUAUUGAGGAAGAAAAAGAUGAAGAAGAUACCAAGGAGCAACCUGUAGUGGCAGAUAGUACGAAUGACCUCGGAUUUAAUCGCACCAUUUCUAACCAAGCAAAUACAGAGACUAGUAUUGUUAUGGAAAGCCAAAGUGUACCACCAGAUGUUAAUAACGGCAUUCCGGGAUACAGAAUUGCUGGAACAGAGGAUGACAUAGAAAUGAAGGACGUUAGCGAUAAUGCCAAUGAGAAUGACUCAACAGUCUUACAGUUGAUCGUAAGUGAGGACCAGGUAAUUCUGGACACUAUUUCUGAAUGUAACCUGUACGAUGACAUAGAAAGCUGGAGAACCUUUAUCAAUCAGUUCCAAGAUAUUGUUAGUUGA